UAUCUCACCUCCCUCAUUCUCAUCAUCUCCUCUUUUCCCCCUUUUCGCUUCUCCACUGUAAACCUCUCCGAGCUCCAGAUCUCGACGGAGUUUGAGAGAGAGAGGUACAAAGAUGGCGGAUGAGGCCAGGAAGGGUGGGGCAGGUGCUGGGCAGGCGGCGGCGGCGGCGGCGGCGGCGGCGAGGAAGGUGACUGUGAAGAGUGCGGACAUGAAGGAGGAGAUGCAGAAGGAGGCGAUCGACUGCGCGAUUGAGGCAUUUGAGAAGCAGGGAGUUGAGAAGGACGUCGCCGAGCACAUCAAGAAGGAGUUUGAUAAGAACUAUGGUCCCACUUGGCAUUGCAUCGUUGGUCGCAACUUCGGUUCAUACGUGACACACGAGACCAACCACUUCAUCUACUUCUAUCUGGAUCAGAAAGCGAUCCUCUUAUUCAAAUCCGGUUGACACUGGCCUUUCACCCGGAAAACCUGAAGCUCCAGCCAGUCCAUGUUAGUAUAUCAAUAUAUAACUUCGAUCCGCAGAGUGUUUGUCCAUGCAACCGCCAGCAUUUCGAUCUGUGUAUACCACAUUCUGCCCUGAUCUUGCCGGGGCAUCUAUCUAAACAAAAUUUGUGUACGGUAAACUCGGAAUGUAUUAUUUCUUCAGGAGAUGACUUUAUAUGUGCGCUGAGUCGCUGAUUGAUCAAUCAUCAAUGUUAAGUCGAACGAUUUACCUCAAAGAGAACUCACACUAGUUUCUUGAA